ACGAUGGAGGUGCACAGAAAAACAAGAAGGACAAUAGUGUAAUCUCUCCGAAUUGCAUCCAGCAAUUUUGAUUUGCAUUUAGCAAUCAUGCUACAGAAAUCCAUUUAUUUCUCUUUGUGUGACAGCAAAACCCGCAGUAGAGUCCGAACCGGAGCAACCAAAAUCUCCGACCCGAAAAUGGCAGGUAGACAGAGAGCAGUGGCGACAUUGCCGACGCUAAUGCGAGCUCUGAAAACCAACAUCAACUCCCCAUCUUCCAAGCUCCCAAACACGCCCUUACCUUCUCUCCGUCGCGCUUUCUCUCUCUACGAUCAAAUCAAUCUCAUCGAUAACGUCCCCGAAGAUCAAUUACGCUUCCAAGGGUAUACUGAUACAGGGUUCACUGUAACUGGUAAGAAUUACGAAGGUAGUGUGCUCUGCAUAGGAAAUUUAAUAUUGUCCUGGACUCCAAAAACAUUUGCAGAUAUCACUGCUGAUAGCCUCUCCAUCUUCCAAACAGUGCGGCCUAUACCAGAAAUUCUGAUUAUUGGCUGUGGGAGAUAUAUACAACCAGUGAAUCCUGAAUUGCGGCAGUUUAUACGGUCUACUGGCAUGAAAUUGGAAGCAAUUGAUUCGAAAAAUGCCGCGUCAACAUAUAACAUCCUGAACGAGGAAGGCAGGAUUGUGGCUGCUGCUUUACUUCCAUACGGAGUUACUUCUUGAAGCUGAAAGCAAAUUCUGGAAGUUUGGUUGCCAAAUAGAUGUGCCGCUAUUAGCUUUGUUUUAAGUUGACCGGGAGUCAGUUUUUGUAUCUGAGCUUUAGUUGCUGUGUUUUAUUGAAGGACAUUAGGGUCCAGAUCCGAUGACCCACAUCUAAUGGAUCUUAGUUAAAUGUAUAGUUAAUAAAAUAUUUUUACAGUAAAAUACAUGAUGCUAAGCUGCUGGACCAGAGUCAAAAUUGCAUUAUUGAAAAAUAUUCUGGGUUUUUGCACGAA